GGUCCAGGAGAGCAUGAGCGUGGUGCAGGGCGACUUCGGCGCCAUGGACGACAGUCCGCCGCCGCUGCAUCACCACCUGAUGCAUCACCACGACUCCUUCUACCAGCACCAUCACCACCACGCGGCCGCCUUCUACCACCACCACCACCACCACCAGGGGCUGCACCACCCCUUCGCGCACCCGCUGCACCAGCAGACAGGGGACGCGACCAGGACUCCGGGCCUGUGGCUGAGCCCGGCCAGCAGCGAGGGCUCGCCCUGCCCCGAGGACUCGGGCCCGCCCGUCGUGCGGGUCGUCAAGAGGCGCACCUGCGCCAACAAGAAGGAGCGCAAGCGCACGCAGAGCAUCAACAACGCGUUCGCCGACCUGCGCGAGUGCAUCCCCAACGUUCCCGCCGACACCAAGCUGUCCAAGAUCAAGACCCUGCGGCUGGCCACCUCGUACAUCGGCUACCUCAUGGCCGUGCUGGACAGCGACGAUCCGCGAGCCGCCGACCGCGGCUUCCGCGCCGAGCUGGGGGCGGCCGGGGGCGGCGGCCGGGGGCGGCCCGACGACCGGCUCUGCGCCGCCGACGGCGACCCCUCGGGCUGCGCGGAGGGCUACGCGCCCUUGGACGGCACGGCGGAGGGCCACCGGAAGGCGAAGGGCCGCACGGGUUGGCCUCAGCACGUCUGGGCUCUGGAGCUGAAGCAGGAGCAGCUGUGAAGGAUGGGCCCCGCCGCCUACCUCGCUGGACCUCCCCGCUAGGCAGCGCCCGCCCCGUGCUACACGCUCCGUCCGCUCGCGAUGGCAGUGCCUCGCCCGGCGACCUCGGACGCUGUCACAGCUGCACGUGUCAUUCUAUACGGGAUGCACACAUUCCUAGGACCUGUUCGCGAACUACGUGAUACUGACGACACCAAGCAGUAACACGGUCAACUUACUUGGGGCCCUCGCCUCCCGUCAAGUUGUGGAAGAUUAGGGGAGGGGGACGUGGCGGACGUUGCUGUGAGCCUGUGAGUUUUUCUCUGGGUACUCCCGCUUCCUCCCAGCCAUCAAUUCCGACAAUGCUCCAUUAUCAUCUCACAGGGUCGCUGCAGAAGAACCCACGUUUUGAUAACUUUCUAGCUCUGCUACCAACAGCCUAAGGAUUGGACACGAGAAUUUUUUUUUUCAUCUCUUUAGUUGGGCCGUUUAAUAUCUUUUACUCAAAAAUUCAAUUGAAUCUGUAUUCGUCUGCAGAAUUUUAUGUUUUGCUAUAAGGCCCUUCGGUUACUUUUAGAGUGUCUGUCAGGUGACAUGUUCGUAGCUUAUUUGAUAUCAUUUCUUGAUGAAGUGUAUUAAUGCGAUGAAGUUUAUUAAUCAAAGCACAAAUUUUAAAACGUUCUUUGAAUUACUUUCGCAAUAGGAAAUAUUGAUUUAACAUGACAUGUUGGAUGUACGCCCAUUGCUGGUUUAUGUAGGUUGUCGUGGCAAACACCUCGGGAAUGGACAACAAUAAUGAUUUCAUAAACACACGGAAAAUAAGCCAAUAUUAGUUGAUGUCAAAUUUUUCGUGCUUUUAGACAAUCCAGAUGAUCAGUUUAGCUUCAACAUUGGGUUCAUCUUGUCUCUGUGCUGGGCCGAAGUUGUUAUUUUUCCUGUAUUUCCUGUUCUGGUUUACAUUGUCUCGUCUUCGUCAAGAUAUUGUGUUUGUCUGUGCUUAUUUUUUUAUACAAAAUUCCUUUCAUAUUCGACAUAAGAUAAUAUUGGUUUGUUUUCCAAGUGUUUAUGUAUUCAAAUUUGUUAUCAAUUUCUGAGGUUGUUUCUAUGACAAAUAGCAUAAACUAGCUAUCGUGUAUGUCUAACAUGUUAUGUUAAAAUAACAUUUAAUUCUCCUUAUUUUUAAUAUUAUGUGACUUUGUUUAUUUUUUAAAUUUUAUUAUUUUUCGCAACAGAUGAUAUGACUCUUUAAACUAAAAAAAGUGUUAGUUUGAUCAUUGUUUAUAAAUUCUUUAAAUUUUUUUUGGAGCAUUGUAACCCAGUGAAUAUAUUCUCGUGUUUACUCUCAUGCCACUAUGAAUAUAGGUUUACUUUUGAUAAACAAUUUUUAAAAAUUUAACGUGUGCACACAGAAAAAUAUUUCUGCAAGCUUAAUACUCAUAAUUUGUGCCAUAUCAGCAAUGAACUGCUAAUUAUGUAAUACAAUUGAAUUUAUUAUUUUUAAGUUAUUAAUUUUUGAACGUGUUUAGUGAGGGCUACUCUCGUGUAAAUGGUUACAGCUUCAAGUGAAGUGAAGAUAACACUAUAGGUGUUCUGUAAGAGCUAACUGUGUUAUCCACUGUGCUUCGAAAUAAGACUGAUGUGUUUUUUGACUAGGGAGUAGAACUUCUGUGGCUACGAAUUGAUCAUUUUACCCGAUUUAAUGCCAAAACUUUCUCAUUGUGCACAUAUGUAUAUUUAUAAGAUUAUUUAUUUUACAUUGUUUUAUUUUUGACGACCAUCAAAAAAGAGGCUUGUAACUAAUGUUAUGAUGACUUAUGUAAGUAAAAAUUGAUGGACAAUUGUAAAUGACAUUAAAGUAUAU